GUAACUCACCCUCGUCCGGGUUGGCCAGUUUUCGCGAAGGAUAGGGCAUGUGGCAUCCGGUAAUGGAAAAUCAAAUGUUUUUUCCCUUUUUCCUUUGGAAACAGCAGAUGUAGGACUCUUCUCCUUUCCAUUGACUGUUUGUUCAAGAAGUCGACGGAUCCCGCGUGAAUUUUCCCGUCUUUAUCUGAUUUUUCCGAGAAGGCGGAAUUCUCCGGAUUCCGGGGAUAUAACAACUUUGGAUUUCGCAGAUCCGUCCUCCAUUCCAGGCUGAAAUCCAGGUUGUUAGAAUCCACAUAUUUAUCUCUCGGAAGAACAAACAAUGGGAACACCCGCAUUUCCCAAUCUGGGAAAGCACUGCUCCGAUAAGGAUUGCCGGCAGAUCGAUUUCUUGCCCUUCACCUGCGAUUGCUGCCAAAAGGUCUUCUGCUUGGAGCAUCGUAGCUAUGCUAGACAUCAGUGCCCAAAGGGCAACAAACACGAUGUCACUGUAGUGAUCUGCCCAUUGUGUGCCAAAGGGGUCCGUUUGAUACCCAAUGAAGACCCGAACAUAACUUGGGAGUCGCACGUAAACAUAGAGUGUGACCCCUCAAACUACGAAAAAGCCACUAAAAAGAGGAAAUGUCCCGUGCCUCGUUGCAGAGAGGUACUCACAUUCUCAAACACAGUCAAAUGCCGGGACUGUGAGGUUGACCAUUGUUUGAAGCACCGGCUUGGGCUUGACCACAAGUGUCCCGGGCCUAAGAAGCCCGAACCUGCGUUCCCACUAAUUGGGCUUUUUAGUAAAAAAGAUGAGCCCAAGAGUGGCCCAUCUUCCUCGUCGUCAAGAUGGACCACAAGCUUGCUCAAUGCUGCAACUUCAGGUAUAGCGAAAUUGAGCAAUGAUCUAAAUCAAACACUCCACAUUGGCAACAAAGAUGGAGGAGGAGGCCAAAGCAAACAUAAAGUAGAGAAAUGCCCUCUAUGCAAUCUGAGAUUCUCAACUGGUAAAGCUCUGGUGGAACAUGUACAGAAGGUUCAUGAAAAGAAUGGGGUGAUGAAUAUAACCAUUGAUGUCUGCCCAAUGUGCAGCAAAGGUUUUCGUGAUGCUGUGAAGCUUGUUGAACAUGUUGAGAGAGACCAUGGAGGGACUUCGAAACAAUCGAGAGCCUAGUAUGUUUUUUUCUUUCUUUCUUUGUUUUGAAACUGGCCCAGAGUAAAGAACAUUAUUUUCUGCAAUUGGUGUUGGGGUUUCAUCCCUCUUUGCCUCUUGUGUAUUUAUUAAUUCAAAAAUUAUUAUAAAUUCAUUCAUAAAUGUUAUGUAUAAGACUAUAACAAUAUAAUGUUAAUUUGAGG